AUGGGUAACGACGAUGCCGUUUAUCUGGCCAAGCUCGCCGAGCAGGCCGAGCGCUACGAAGAAAUGGUUGAGAACAUGAAGAUCGUCGCCUCCGAGGAUCGCGACCUGACUGUUGAGGAGCGCAACCUUCUCUCCGUCGCAUACAAGAACGUCAUUGGUGCCCGCCGUGCCUCUUGGAGAAUAGUCACUUCUAUCGAACAGAAGGAGGAGUCCAAGGGCAACUCUUCCCAGGUCACUCUCAUCAAGGAGUACCGCCAGAAGAUUGAGGACGAGCUUGCCAAGAUUUGCGAGGAUAUUCUCGAGGUCCUUGACAAGCACCUGAUUCCCUCUGCCAAGUCUGGCGAGUCCAAGGUCUUCUACCACAAGAUGAAGGGCGACUACCACCGCUACCUUGCCGAGUUCGCUACUGGCGACAAGCGCAAGGACUCGGCCGACAAGUCCCUUGAGGCCUACAAGGCUGCCACCGAUGUUGCCCAGAGCGAGCUUCCUCCUACCCACCCUAUCCGCCUGGGUCUCGCCCUCAACUUCUCUGUCUUUUACUAUGAGAUUCUCAACGCCCCUGACCAGGCUUGCCACCUUGCCAAGCAGGCUUUCGAUGAUGCCAUUGCUGAGCUUGAUACUCUGAGCGAGGAGAGCUACAAGGACUCGACCCUCAUCAUGCAGCUCCUCCGCGACAACCUGACCCUCUGGACUUCUUCCGAGGCCGAGACUGCCCCCGCCGAGGGUGCCGCCAAGGAGGAGCCCGCCGCUGCCGAGGAGCCCAAGGCCGAGGAGCCCAAGGCUGCUGCCGAGUAA